GUACUCUGGAAUCUGGAUUGGAGUUUUGAGAGGGCUCUUCUAGAGGCGGUGGAGUGGAGAAUAGGGGUUCGAUCGUUCGUUAAGCGUGUUCCGUUGAUAAUGUCUACUUCGCGUCGGAGAUUUUCAGUUUGGGUUUCGACAUGAUUAGCAGGGGUUAGGGUUUUUUGGUACUCUUGGUCGUCGCUCCGUUGCAGGAUGGGUUUUUGCGUGUUUUAGGAAAUAUGACGCGAUCUGGGCUGGACCAACCUUUCUUUGGUACUGUUCUCCGUGUCCCUUCUUUUCUAUGUUAAGAAUUUGAAUGGAUGUGCAUGCCGUUUGUUUCAGUUACUCCUUAUUGCUUGUUCAAUGAUGCUUUGUCUUGCUGUCCUACUGCCCUGUACUUCUGGACUGAUCAUGAUCAAAUUGUGGGUGUCGCUAGACAGUGUUUGCUCAAUCCUUUCUAUAUGAUAGAUAGAUCCCGAAAAUACAUGGUACAUGUCUUUGAUGCUUGUAUGAAAUUGGGUAUGGUUUUGUCUUGGAUUAAGAUGAUUAGAUACUCGCUCCUGUUGCCCUUUUGCCCCACUUCAGGUUCAUCAGCCACGAUAGUGUUUCAUAAAUGGGAAUUCCUUUGUGGAGUUCUAGAAGCAAACUUGAAAAUGAUUACUACAUCAUAGAUAAACCCAUCAAAUAUCUGGUCACUGUCGGUU